AUGUGUCAACAAAAGCAAGCGCACUACUGCAACGGAAGAGCAAGAGACCUAGCCCCGUUACAAGAAGGAUAUGCUGUACACAUGAGACCAUUCACAUUGAAUGGGAAGACAUGGGACAAGGCAACGGUGGCAAAAGGACUGGAUAAGCAAAUAUACCUAGUCGGGACAGAAGAUGCAUCCUACAGGCGAAACAGAGUGGAUCUUUGGAAGACACAAGAAAUGAGUCAACCAGAUACCAGUAGCAUCAAAAGACGUAAAGUCAACUCAGGAAAUGGCUGUCAGUCACCCCAACCCCUAUGCCAGCCAGCCUCUAUGUCACCGUCAAAACAACCAGAAAUCUUGUUCCACACAAGUGACAACUGCACCACCAAGUAG